AUGGUGAAGAAGCGGGUGCUCGACCCCAUUCCCGUGCUGGACGAGGCUCUACUGUCGGCGGCAUUGCGCGAAGAGGGCAUCAAGGAGCUGCAUGCCGCUUCCGUGUGGCACUAUGCGCUCUCCGAGGGGAAGCUACACGGUUCGGACGCGACUUUCGACGGUUUCGAGGACGGCAAGUUCUACAUGAGCGCUCCGGCGCCCACGGGCCCCCUGCUUCGGCGCAAGUUUGCUGUGCUCACGUCAACCGUUGUGGAGACGCAGCGCUCGGAGGACGGUACCGUUAAGCUGCUGGUGCGGCUUCAAGACGGGCAGAUGGUGGAGACGGUGAUCAUCAAGCACAACGGGACUCACCCUCGCACGACCUUAUGUGUCUCCUCGCAGGUGGGGUGCCAGAUGGCGUGCACCUUCUGCGCCACCGGGACGAUGGGCCUCAAGGGCGACCUCACGGCCGGAGAAAUCUUGGAGCAGGUCUUGCACGCGUCCAGGGUGUCUCCCAUCCGAAACGUCGUGUUCAUGGGCAUGGGAGAGCCUCUGAACAACUACGAUGCGGUGCUGGCUUCCAUCCGAGGCAUGGCGGACAGCAGGAUGUUCAAGCUCUCGCCGAGGCACAUCACGCUGUCUACGGUCGGAGUGGUGCCGCGCAUGAAGCAGCUCACCAUCGACGCGCCGGAGACUCAGCUCGCGCUUUCGCUGCACGCGCCGAACCAGGAGCUGCGCAACAGAAUCGUGCCUUCCGCGAGGGCCUACCGCCUGGACAAGCUCAUGGACGCCUUGGACGGCCACCUUAGGGGUCCCGGUGUUGCCCCGCCGCCGACCACCAGCCACUCGGCGGGGGAGGCAGCGGCGCAAUCGGUGCCGGUUGAGAACGGCGGGGGGCAGAGCGAAGACAAGGGUGGGGGCGGGGAAGGGAUGGCGGCGGACGGAGGGGCUGCGGCGGCCGCUUCGGACGAGGCGGGUGGCGUGGAGACUAUCGCAGGCGUUGUCAUGGUCGGGGGGAGAGGGGCCGGGCGAAGGGCGCUGAUCGAGUACGUGAUGCUGGCGGGGGUUAACGACACGGAAGAGUGCGGAAGGGAGCUGGGGGAGCUGUUGAAGGGGCGCAACGUGCUGGUAAAUUUGAUCCCAUACAAUCCAACGUACGCCCCUGGGUCGGAGGAGUUCAAGGAGCCCACGGAAGAGGCGCUGCAGAAGUUCAGAGCGAUCGUGCACGAGCACGGCUUGCUGGUGACGAUCCGAAGACAUCACGGCAGAGACAUCGACGGGGCGUGCGGCCAGCUGGCGGUCAAGGUGGUCACCGCAGGGGCUAAGUCGGGCGACGGGUGCAGCAGCGGCGGCGGCGGCGGCAACUCGGGCGGAGACAUCGAGGACCUAGUCGCGGGCGCGAGCAAGAGAGCCAACGGCAACCUCAGCCGCACUGGAAGGAAGGGGCUGCGGGGGACCGCCGGCGAACGAUCGCCGUCGUCGUCUAGUAGAAGGAACCUGUUCGAUGCUGCCUUUCCGGACGGGGGGGGGCGGAGGCUCGCGGCGCUUUCGCUCCUGGUAGUUGGCAGCACGGCGGUGGCACUUGUUGUUGCUGCUCGAGCUAGACGGAGAGGGUAG